CGCGUCCGGUUUGGCCGGUUCGGUCCGACGGGCCGGUUCGGCCCGGCGGGUUCGGUUCGUCGGUCCGGUUCGGUCUGGUUAUGCUUGUUCGGGUCUAGGGCCGGUUCGGUUCGAGGACCGGUUCUCGGUCUUCGGUCCGGUUCGGGGCCAUCGUGCUGAACGCUUGAGGCUAGCUGGUUUGAUUCCCCAUCGUUUUUUCCAAGACGAGCUGAGGUCAUUGACGCCUGUGCGAAGGCAGCGGACCCGCAGCGCGCGGCCUUCUGGUUCGACCAGAUGCUUGCCAACAACGUCCAGCCCAGCGCCAUCACGUACAACACCGUGAUCAACUCCUGCGCACGGGCCCGCGACACGGCCAGCGCGGAGGCGUGGAUGCGAAGGAUGAUCGACGACGGCGUCGAGCCUGGCCUCCUGUCUUUCGGUACCCUGAUCGACGUGUUCGCGAAGGCUGGCAAGCUGACCAGGGCGGAGGAGUGGUUUGAUGAGAUGUUGAAGUUCGGCGUGCGCCCUGAUGCGGUAACCUUCAAUGCUCUCAUCAACGCAUGCGCGAAAGUGUCGGACCCGACCAGGGCAGAGCAUUGGCUCUUCCAGAUGGAGGAGGCUGGCCUGAGGCCCGACGAAAAGUCUUACAACAGCGUCAUCAAUGCAUGCGCCAAGCUGGGUCUCUAUGAGCAAGCGGAGCAUUGGUUCGGUGAGAUGGUCAGAGCGGGCAUCAGGAUCGACACAAUCGGAUUUGCAUCUGUCAUGCAUGCAUGUGCCAAGGUUGGUGACGUUGCCAGGGCGGAGCACUGGUUCGAUGAGAUACUGCGCUACAAGCUCGUCCCGAACCUGGUGUGCUACAACACCAUGCUGCACGCGUGUGCUCAGAAGGGUGACUUCGCUGCGUCUGAGGUGUGGUUCCGCAGAUUGCUUGCAUCCGUGGGCCUGCAGCCCAACAAGAUCUCGUUCAACAGCAUCCUCAGCGCCGCCGCGAAGCAGGGCAACGUGCCGCAGGUGAAGUACUGGCUGGACAGGAUGGUCCUCUCCGGGAUACACCCCGACAGCGUGACCUCCUGCACCCUGGCCCGCGCCUUCUCCCCGACGGACCUGGAUGGCAACUCCAGGGCCUGGGCCCAGAUCCUGGCCUGCAGCACGAUCAUCGAGGCAUACAACAAGGCUGGGAAUCCCAGCGGCGCCACGUACUGGGCCGCCCAGCGCACCAAGGCGCGCAACAGGGGCAGCACCCCGCCGCCGCCACGCGAGGACCUGGCGCCGAGGGCUGCCCACCCGCUCCCCGGAGCCAGGGAGGCACCGCAGUGGCUGCCCUGCCCGCGCGCGGACGGCCGCUCCCAGGCGCCUCCGCAGCCCCCCCCGGCGCCGCCGGCCAGCUGGCUCAAGAAGCCGGCGCAGCAGGUCUGGGCGCUGUAGCCGAGGGAGGGCGCGGCUGCCCAGCAGCAGCCGGAGCCUGGCUCUCCGGCCCAGCCUCGCGCCGGCAGUCUCGCCGGCGUGUUUUGUUCGUGGUCUCGCGGCGCUCUGUGCUGACCCGAGGAGGUAGUGGACUGGCCCUCGACUGAGCGCUUCUUUCGAGCUGCCGAGCGGCGGCCCUGACUGAUCGAGUGAUCCACGAGCCUUCAUGAUGUUGCAAAUGUGUGUUCGGUGGAGACAGCCCGUGAUUGCGUCCCCUGCAGUUUGUGACACAUUUUCCAGUGCUCCACGUCACCUUGACGGUUGACGAUACAGUUUUCAUUGAACGUUCUGCAUUUAUUGUGAUGCCAUGCGGCCCCCUUGCAAGUGUGUGGCGGCCUGCCUGAACCAUCGUAGGUGGUGUAAGCCACGUGGAGGGAGGAGCAUGGGCAUGGAGGAGCAGUGUUGCAGGAGCAAAUCCAGCUGUCUGUGACAAGUUGAGCCGCCGUGUCAGCGCAGCAUUCUGGGUGGCGACUGUUCGAGGGUUGGAUGGACGUUACAUGUGUCAUCCUCCGCCUUCACUAUCUGAGGAGUUAUCAUGGAGCUUGUUUGGGCCGUCUUGGCGCUGUCUUGUUGGCCUCUGAGGCAGUCUUGGGGGCCCCUCCUGGGCCGCUCUGGUGCCCUCCACGCCGUCUUGGGGCUCUCUUGACCCGUCGUGGGGCCUCCUUGCCCGUAUGGUGCACAGGCCUCCGUCGAGAUCACCCUGCAUCCAGCGGCUACUGCUGGAGUCAGUGCGUGCCCGACGUUUCGUCGGCGAGGCUGGCGGUUGCAUCGGCAAGGCUGAUGUAGCAGGGUUGCCACCCGCACCAUUUUGUGCCCAGCACCAGGCCUGGCACAAGCCCAGCGCGCUCCGCAUGCACCAGUCAGCCCAGCCAGGGAAGGCUUAUCAUUUGCCAGUCUAUGAUUUUCCCGCGGCGUACCAUUCAAUGUCAGGCGGCGUCUAGAUUAUACAUUGCAUGUCUUUUCGAAGUCUUUACGUGUCCAAAGACGCGAUUUUCUCCGAAUCGUCAGUUGGUGUUGGUUUGAAUAUUUGAGUCCAGUUCACAGGUAACAGAUUUAACUUGUACCAUCGGUUACCGUUUUACCAGGCGUUGGCACAGGACCGAGGCCCCGAAGUAGCUGUUGCGGCCAGCAUCGGAUAUGAUAUUCUGUUGCGACCCGCGGCGGCUGAGAGGUCGAGGGCGUCGGCCUAUAUGCGGUGGUGUUCACGUAAAGUUCGCCCGAGUGGCGAUCCAGCAAGUAUGCUGCCCGCGGUCCGCUUUCGAUGGCAUAACAAAACGAACAGAAGUAGCGCAGGUUGCGCAGCCGAAGUGGCCGUGAUUUCUCGGAGCGCAAGGUCUGCAUUGCUCGCCUCCCUCAGCGGUUUCUGUAUGAGCGUCUGCGCAUAAUUUGGUCUGAGUGCGAGUGGGGCUAUGUAUACUUGACUACGGACGAGCAUGGUAAAUCUGAGCG